UGGGGACAGCGAUCAAUUUAAGAUAUGUUUUGCACAACAGUGUGUUUUCCCGUACUGGAUUCUCAGUGAAAUGUUUCGUUUGGCUGAAGACUAUAAUCAGGCACUCUGCGUUUUAGAGCUCGGAAGAGCCCGGGCCUUAACCGACUCACUGUCAGUCCAGUACUCAUUAGCAAACCAAGUGUCCACUGAUUUCCAAUCCUGGACCGGCAUUGAAAAUGUCAUGGACAAACAGAGGAAAAGUACUUUCCUCUACAUCUCGUAUACACCUCGAAAUUUGGUUCUGUGGAUUUUGAAGAGAAACGGUGUCUUCAAAAUCCACGAAAGAGAAUUCAGUGAUGUAAUGCAGGGCGGAUUAUUGAGAACGUGGGAUGAAUUUUUCGCUGAAAGCUUUCGACAGUUUGGCGUUUUGUCCCAAGGAAGUCAUCAAGAUCGCUAUUCGUAUGAGAAUCAAACGAAAGAUUUGUCGACUGAGGGAGGUAAUUUCGCUUCUUUUCGACCUAUAGAGGAGGACGAAGACCAGGAACCUGACCCAAAGCUACGUUUGUAUUAUGACAUGAUCAUUGCUCCUAUUGCUGACUUCCUUGAAGAGCCCAACAUCAUCAUCGUUCCAGAUCGUCAGUUGUUUCGGGUGCCAUUUGCAGCUUUACAGGCAAAGAAUGGGAAAUUUUUAUCCGAAAUGUUUAGGAUUCGCUUCGUACCAUCGUUGACGACUCUUAAACUCAUUCAGGACAGUCCAGAUGAUUACCACAGUCAAACCGGUGCAUUGAUUGUUGGUGAUCCUGAAGUUGGUGAAGUCAUUUAUAAGGGUCGCCGCAAAGUAAUACCACCAUUGCCUUGUGCACGAAGGGAAGCAGAGAUGAUUGGACGACUGCUGAACAUCGAGCCUUUGAUAGGACAACAAGCAACCAAGAGGGCCGUUCUUCAGAGGAUCAAAUCCGUGAGUUUGAUACAUCUAGCAGCACAUGGUAACGUAGACAGAGGAGAAAUUGCACUUGCACCUCUCCGUCCCAUUCACCAUACUCCAAGAGAUGAAGAGUUUGUUUUAUCAAUGACUGACAUAUCUCAAGUUAAGCUGCGAGCAAAACUUGUAGUUCUGAGUUGUUGUCACAGUGCACAAGGACAGAUCAGAACUGAGGGAGUGGUUGGCAUUGCUCGGGCGUUUUUAGGAUCCGGUGCACGUUCAGUGUUGGUGGCACUAUGGGCCCUGGAAGACAGUGCAACAGAGCAGUUGAUGAAGUGCUUCUACGCACACCUUGCACGUGGUGAAAGUGCUAGUGAAUCUCUUCACCAUGCUAUGAAGUGGAUGAGACGUAAUGGGUUUUCCCUUGUGAGCCAGUGGGCACCCUUCAUGCUGAUUGGAGAUGAUGUGACUUUUGAUUUUAGAGUAAUUUUCGGGGGAAAAGUCUAAGAUUUCUUAAAGAUCCUCCUGAGACUUUUCUGAAAUGCUUCAACAUUUAGCAAUCAUG